GAGCCUUUGCAGUGGCCCCUUGUUUAUGGUUUCUUGAGUUUUAUGGCGUAGUAAGCUGAAGGGUUUAAGGGUCGCAGGAAGAGCUUUAGCAGGUGCUUUAAUGGCGAAUCGUCCACGAUUUAGGAAUAGGGUCGUCGCCAUUCGUCGAGCCCCUGAUGGAAGUGCCUUCGAGAAUUGUAACAACUGUGGAGCAUCGGUGCCCAUUUCUCUUGCCGACAUGCAUCAAUGUGAACCCCGUGAGGAUUUGAAGAAGGGCGUCGACGAAGGCCACGGAGGGUUUCAUCAGAAUCUCAAGAAACAGAGUCUUGACGACAAACCCAGAUCGGCCUUUUGCUUUUUCAUGGAAAGCUUUGUACAGGCCUACGAGUCUGAAAACCCGAUUGAAACUAAUCAGAAGGGGUUUGAGAGGUGGAAGAACAUGUCAAAAGAGGAGAGACAAGUAUAUGUAUUGCAAGCUGAAAAGGUGAACUCGGCUUAUCUGGAAGCCAUGCUUAAAGAAGUGGAUGAUAAUCCAUCUGAGGUGGAUGAUGAGGCUGAUUCAGCAGCAGUAGGGAAGUUUGAUCCGUUUUAUGAAGGCCAAAACUCUGAUAGCUUUGAAAGCUUUUGGUCUGAGAGCUUUUACACCUAUGACUAGCCUAUACAUGAGCUGUUCGAGAGUUUGUAAAGAAGAUUUAGAAUUGUGCUUGAAGGUUUUGUGUUUUUGUUUCCGUUUUUGGACCAAUGGGAACUCACCCAAGUCGCGACAGUGAAAGCAGCGUGCAGGGUUUUUGCCACUACCUAUUGCUAUCCAAACCAACGCCCCACCCUCCCCCAAUCCUAACCACCACCAACUACGCAACCUAUCUUCUGAGGGGGCAAGUCAUUUGGCCAUGGUAAAGUAACCCUAGGAAUUUGGGGUCAGUUCAAGAAAAAUUUUGUGUUGUGUUGUUCAUGCUCUCUUGUAAUUUUUUCGAAUUGUAAAAGAAGGAGGGGGGGGGGGGGGGUCUUGUUUAAAAGGAAGCACGUUAUGUAUAAUUUUUUUAUUUUCUCCAA